AUGCUUUCGCUUCGCCAACAGGCCGUACUGAUAGCCUUUCCAGUCCUGCUAAUCGCAAUUUUCUGGUCUUCAUUGUUUCAGGAUUCUACUCUUCGGUCGCAUAUAUCUUCACUGGACAUUUUAUCAUUUUCUAGUCCACGAGUGUCUAUCCGGCAGGGCCAUGUCAUUGGAACACUCCUUACGAAGAACUUUCCUCAGCCGGUAGAGGCAUUUAUGGGAUUGCCAUAUUGUCAGCCACCAACAGGGGACGGGAGGUUUCGAGCUGCAGCACCAUUACCUGCUUCAAAUAAGACAUUCAAAGCUUUAAAUUAUGGUCCAAUAUGUCCUGGAAAACAGUUGCUUGCUGGGAAGACCUACCCUAGCAGUGAGGGCUGCAUGACGGUGAAUAUCUUCCGUCAGAAACCAAAAGAUGUGGAAAGGGUGCCUGUGGCUGUGUACAUCCAUGGCGGUGCGUUCAAUCGCGGUAGCUCAAGGAUGCAUAAUACUGCAUCAAUGGUGGCAUUCUCAGAGAGUCCGUUUAUUGGCGUGAGCUUCAAUUAUAGAAUUGGAGCUCUUGGCUUCCUCCCUUCAAAACUCACUUUUGAAGAAGGCAUCGUAAACCUGGGUCUCCAUGACCAAGUGUUCCUGCUUCAAUGGGUGCAGGAUAACAUCGAAGAAUUUGGUGGCGACAAGAAAGGUGUGACCAUUUUCGGCCUCUCAGCUGGCGCCCAUUCGAUUGGCCACCAUAUCAUGAACUACAAGGAAGGAAUGACGCCGUUCUUCCAUAAGGCUAUUCUGGAGUCCGGGUCUGCUACGUCCCGUGCCCAGCAUCCCUACAAUGCGCCUGUUCACGAGGAGCAAUUUGCGCUCUUUAUUGAGAAGGCAGGAUGUGCUUCUGUGCCCCGCGAUAGCAUAGUUUCUUGCCUUCGCUCCCAGCCGGAGGCAAUCAUCAAUGAAGCAUCAACUCACGUGUUCGACAAAUACAACCCCAGCCUGCGAUGGGCCUUCCAACCAGUAAUUGACCACGACCUGAUCCAGCGCAGACCUAUUGAUUCAUGGGCGACUAAGAAGUGGCACAGAGUUCCAAUUAUGACUGGCCACACAACGAAUGAAGGUACAUAUUAUGUUCCCAGUGCACUUGCAACGCCAGAGGAGUUCACCGGUUUCUGGCACGUCCUCUUGCCGCACUAUUCAGAAGAAGACUUGGCGGCGAUAAAUUCUUUAUAUCCCGACCCAUCGUCUGUUGAAGAUAGCAAGUACAAGGAGACACGUGAUAUGGAGAGUAUCGGCGUUGGUCCACAGUACAAGCGCGUCGAAGCAGCGUACGCGCACUACGCAUACACUUGCCCUGUACGACAAACAGCAGACCUCGUAUCGAUCGGCCAACAACAGCCUGUCUUUGUCUACCAUUGGGCUGUGAACAAGACGGUCAAGGGUGGCGCGAAUCAUGGGGACAAUAUGUACUACGAGUCAUAUCCCGAGGAUGUGACGAGCAUCAGUGAAACAACACAGGAGAUUAGUGGUGUCUACCACGCGUAUGUUACGAGUUUUAUCACGAGUGGCAAUCCGAACACGAUUCAGGGGAGAUAUAAGUACCGGCCAAAAUGGGAGAAUUAUGUCAGAGGAAGCGAGAAGGUUAUGAUUUUGGGGAACGGAAAUGAUGAGAGGGCUGGGGGGACGAGCUUGGGUACCCCGGCAGAAAUGGUGGAUAGCAGCUGGAUCAAAAAGGAAUGUGAUUUUUGGUGGAAGAAGAGCCAUGAAACGGAAGAAUGA